GAGCCCAGACCUGUUACACCUGUAUUGCCUUGCUGCCUCCCCUCCAAGGUCUCACAGGCCCUCCUUGCCAGUGCAGGCUUCUUGCUAAAGUGGACACACCCAGGGUCAGGAGAUAGGGCUGUUGCCUGGCUAAUUAAAAGCCCAGGAAUCCCAGACUGGCUCUCAGUGCCUGCAGAUACAGCUGCAUCGAAAACUUUGAUUCCAGAGACAAGAACAUCCUUGAACAAAGGGCCAGGCAAUGAUGACUUCUCCACAAUCUAGUGAUUUUUUUCCUCCUCAAGACAGUUCUGAAUACAGCAAAGAAAGACAGAUAUAUCCCAGUACCUACAGGAUCUAUGACUCCCAGCAGAUGGUGUGGGUCCUAACAGGGAAUUCUUUAACAGCAGUACCUGCUAGCAACAAUGUCAAGCCUGUCAUUCUUAGCUUGAUAGCAUGUAGAGACACAGAAUUCCAAGACCCUGCAAAAGGUAAUCUAGUUCUUCUCGGGAUCGAGAGUAAAAGUCUCUGCCUCUUCUGUGCUGAAAUCCAGGGAACACCUACUUUGCAGCUUAAGAAUGUGGACAUCAUGAAUAUGUACAAUGAGAACAAAGUACAGAAAGCCUUUCUCUUCUACCACAGCAAAGAGGGCUCCACAUCUGCCUUUCAGUCAGUCUCCUAUCCUGGCUGGUUCAUAGCCACCUCUUCCAUAGCAAGACAGACAAUCAUUCUCACACAGCAGAGGGGUGAAGCUAAUAACACCAACUUCUACCUAGAGCCUGAGAAUUAAAAUCCAGCA